AUGCCGUUAUGUGUAGCUGCCUCAACCGUCGGUGCUGCAAAUGGUAUUAUUAUGACUAGUUCAAGAUUGUUUUACGUUGGAGCUCGCGAAGGUCAGAUGCCGGUAGUGCUGACCAUGAUAAACAAAAGGCUACGCACGCCAAUACCAGCCGUUAUCUUUACGUGUCUCGUGUCUAUCGGAUAUCUGUUCAUAUCCAGUAAUCUUUACGUUCUUAUAAACGCAAGCCAAGUGACGGCUUGGCUUGCAAUUACCGUUGUAGUUAUAGCAUUAUUAAGGCUCCGUUGUAAGUAUCCGUACGCAGAACGGACAGUGAAGGAAGGGGUUACAAGAAUCAGUGAUGAAGAAAAAGGGACGAAUUGUGAGUUACGAAACUCUUCGAUAACUAUGAUAGGCCGGUCUUACCAUUCCCCGGGCUGGGCCGGGGAUGUCGGCUAG